AUAAUAAUAAUAAUCAUGAAGGGCUGCUUGUUCAAUAUCGACAAUGGUUAUCUUGAAGGUUUGUGCCGUGGAUUCAAGUGUGGAAUCCUGCAACAGAGUGAUUAUCUUAAUUUAGUUCAAUGUGAAACACUCGAAGAUUUAAAAUUACAUCUCGCUGGUACUGACUACGGCAGUUUUCUGGCAAACGAGCCCUCACCAUUAGCUGUCAGUGUCAUUGAUGACAAGCUGAGAGAAAAAUUAGUUAUUGAGUUCCAGCAUAUGCGUAAUCACUCCGUGGAACCUCUGUCACAGUUCCUGGACUUCAUAACCUACAGUUACAUGAUUGAUAAUAUUAUCCUGUUGAUAACUGGGACCCUUCACCAGCGACCGAUUUCUGAGCUGAUUCCCAAGUGUCAUCCGCUGGGUAGCUUUGAGCAAAUGGAAGCUAUUCAUGUUGCAGCUACUCCUGCUGAACUCUACAAUGCAGUAUUAGUUGAUACUCCGCUUGCUCCAUUUUUCGUCGACUGCAUCUCUGAGCAAGAUUUGGACGAGAUGAACAUUGAAAUAAUCAGAAACACUCUGUACAAAGCUUACUUGGAGGCUUUUUACACUUUUUGCAAAGACAUCGGAGGAACUACUGCUGAUACUAUGUGCGAGAUUCUAGCUUUUGAGGCGGACAGACGUGCUAUUAUUAUUACGAUCAAUUCUUUCGGUACUGAGCUCGGUAAGGAUGAUCGAGCCAAAUUGUACCCACGCUGCGGUCGGCUUAAUCCUGAUGGACUUGCUGCCUUAGCUCGGGCUGAUGAUUACGAACAAGUUAAAGCUGUUGCUGAGUAUUAUGCUGAAUACAGUGCAUUGUUUGAAGGCGCUGGUAAUAAUCCUGGAGAUAAGACUCUUGAAGAUAAAUUUUUUGAGCAUGAGGUACGCUUGAAUGUGCAUGCAUUCCUUCAACAAUUUCACUUUGGAGUAUUUUACAGUUAUCUAAAACUCAAAGAACAAGAAUGCCGGAACAUUGUCUGGAUCUCAGAGUGCGUUGCUCAAAAACAUCGCGCUAAAAUCGACAACUACAUCCCGAUAUUUUAA